CCGCGCGUGCCUGUAAGGAGAGGGAGGGCAGUGCCGUGGCGCGCGCAAUACGGGCUGACGCAUCUGGACUCCGUUCUCCAGAUCCAAGUUGGGAGGGGGGAAGGAGAGGCGGGGGUAGUGGAGAGAGCGCGGGGGCGCGCGUGCGCAGUGGCGCGGGGAGGAGCAGGGACCUGGCAGCGGGCUAGGAGGCUGUGAGCUAUCCGCGAACCGGGCGGGCGGCGGGCGCGCGCACCAUGGGGGAGAAACCCGGGACCAGGGUCUUCAAGAAGUCGAGUCCUAACUGCAAGCUCACGGUGUACCUGGGCAAGCGGGACUUUGUGGACCACCUGGACAAAGUGGAUCCUGUAGAUGGCGUGGUGCUAGUGGACCCGGACUACUUGAAGGACCGCAAAGUGUUUGUGACCCUCACCUGCGCCUUUCGCUAUGGCCGUGAAGACCUGGACGUGCUGGGCUUGUCCUUCCGCAAAGACCUGUUCAUCGCCAACUACCAGGCCUUCCCCCCAACGCCAAACCCACCCCGGCCCCCCACCCGCCUGCAGGAGCGGCUGCUGAGGAAGCUGGGCCAGCAUGCCCACCCCUUUUUUUUCACAAUACCCCAGAACCUGCCCUGCUCCGUCACCCUGCAGCCAGGCCCAGAGGACACAGGAAAGGCCUGCGGGGUAGACUUUGAGAUUCGAGCCUUCUGCGCCAAAUCACUAGAAGAGAAAAGCCACAAACGGAACUCUGUGCGUCUGGUGAUCCGAAAGGUGCAGUUUGCCCCAGAGAAACCCGGCCCCCAGCCUUCAGCCGAAACCACACGCCACUUCCUCAUGUCUGACCGGUCCCUGCACCUUGAGGCUUCGCUGGACAAGGAGCUGUACUACCAUGGGGAGCCCCUCAAUGUCAAUGUCCACGUCACCAAUAACUCCACCAAGACUGUCAAGAAGAUCAAAGUCUCUGUGAGACAGUACGCCGACAUCUGCCUCUUCAGCACUGCCCAGUACAAGUGUCCCGUGGCUCAGGUCGAACAAGAUGACCAGGUGUCACCCAGUUCCACGUUCUGUAAGGUGUACACCAUAACCCCCCUGCUCAGCAACAACCGGGAGAAGCGCGGCCUCGCCCUGGAUGGGAAGCUCAAGCACGAGGACACCAACCUGGCGUCCAGCACCAUCGUGAAGGAGGGUGCCAACAAGGAGGUGCUGGGGAUCCUGGUGUCCUACAGGGUCAAGGUGAAGCUGGUGGUAUCUCGAGGCGGGGACGUCUCAGUGGAGCUACCUUUUGUUCUCAUGCACCCCAAGCCCCAUGAUCACAUCGCCCUUCCCAGGCCCCAGUCAGUACCCACCCACCCCUCGGCUCUCCUCCCCUCAGCUGCUCCUGAAACAGAUGCCCCUGUGGACACCAACCUCAUUGAAUUCGAUACCAACUAUGCCACAGACGACGACAUUGUGUUUGAGGACUUUGCCCGACUGCGGCUCAAGGGGCUGAAGGACGAGGACUACGACGACCAGUUCUGCUAGGAAGGGAGGCUGGAAGAAGGGAGUGGAUGGCAGGGGCGGGGGGGCAGGUGGAGGCAGGACCAAGACCCCCACUGUCACUGAGGGGGAUCCCAGUCCCUCUUCCCUUCCCCUCCACCCAGCGGCUUCCUCGACCAACGCCCCGCCCCACUCCCCCACCCCCCACCAGAUACGCACUGGACCCAGCUCUUGUGGAACAUGGGCAUUAAUUUUUUGACUUCAGCUGUGCUUCCCCAAUCCCCCAGUGGGUGGCAAGCUGUGUUCACACCUCAAUUUUUUGGAGGGGGAGCCGAAGAGGAGUGACAAUAGGAAAAGAGGGGGAAAGCACUCCCACAUUCAACCUCACACCUACACCCCCUCCUGUCACUCUCUCUGCCUCCCAUUCCUUCAGGAUGAGACCCUUUGGGGGGCAAGACCACUUCAUUGUUUCUGAGCAUAAAGAAGAAAAUAAACCUUUUAAUAGGCCAGA